CCGCCGUUCCCAGUACAAACCGUCGGCGCGAGAGCAGCGCUGCUGGCGCCGACGCCCGGCGUCAAGGGAACAGGUGCCGGAGGCUCAGCUGUGGCCUCCGGUAACUUAUGCUUCCCUCGGCGGUGGCGGUCCUGGUGGUGCCGUGCUGGAAGCCUGAGCGUCUUUCUUCUGUUGGCCGGCAGCUUCUGGGUGAGCCGGGCCGCGGCCGCCCCUCCGCGGUCCUUCCCGCGGCGCCAGGUGGAAGAUCAGAAAAUUUCAAGAGUUAGAGGUGAAUGUAAUGUUACAUCAUGGCAACAGGUGACUUAAAGAGAAGCUUACGGAACCUUGAACAAGUGCUUCGUGCACUAAAUUAUCCUAAAGAGGUGGAUUUUGUAGGUUUGAUCAAAGGAGACCCAGUAGCAUCUUUGCCCAUCAUCAGCUAUUCUCUUACCUCAUACUCACCUUACGUAACAGAACUUUUGGUGGAAUCCAAUGUGGAUCUUAUAGGAAAGAAUGACAUUUGCUUUGUCGACACAGUGUAUAAGCUUCUUCGUGAUCAAUUUGAUUAUAGACCAAUUCUGACAAAAAAGCAAUUCAUACAAUGUGGAUUUGCAGAAUGGAAAAUUCAAAUUACUUGUGAUAUUUUGAAUUGUGUGAUGAAAAAACACAAGGAAUUAUCUGGUCUUGAUAAGAAUCCAUCAUGCCAGAGAAAGAAAAUGGUUUGUGAUAAGGCAGAACCUUCUUCAAGCAAUGAGAAAGCUGCAGAAACCGUUGGAAUUGUUGAUAUCACUGGCAGGUUUAUGACUUCAGGAAAGAAAGCUCUGGUGAUCCGCCACCUGUACAAUGAAGAUAAUGUUGACCUCCCUGAUGAUACAGGAAGUACAGUAACAGAUGUUAGUGAAGAAUUUGAUUCAGAUGACAUAAAGACUACUGAAAUAGUAAUUCCUGAAAUAAAAGUUUGUGAAAUCAAGACCCAGCAACAGGAUGUAAAAUCUAUUCCUGAGAUUGCUGCACUUCAGACGAUGCUUACUGAGUGCCACGAGAAGCUUAAGAAGUUGCCUUGCAUAGAACAAAGAUUGGACAUGUUGGAAAGUGCGAUUAAAGGAAAAGUGAUGGUAGAUGAGAAGAGUUGGACUAAUCUUCUUAGUCGUGUUACUCUUCUGGAAACAGAAAUACUGUUAGCUAAGAAGAACGAGUAUGUGGAGUCCAAUGCUGCGAGUGAAGAAUACACUUCUAGUAGCGAGGCGGAUGCUCCACCCUUUGAUAGGAAAAGCAAUGUAGAGGGGACGGCGAGUGCCCCUCCAUCCUCCGGUUACAGUACAGUAUCAUCAGAUUCAACUCCUAGAGCCUCUACUAUUAAUUACUGUGGUUUGAAGGAUGUUUCAGAGGAAACAACAAUCCAGAAAAUGGAAAGGAUGAAAAAAAUGUUUGAAGAAACUGCAGAGUUACUAAAGUGCUCCCGUCGCUAAUUGUAGAACUUCUUUCUGCACAAACUAUUUAAAAUUUUGGCUACUUACAUGUUGUAUAUUUUUAAGAGUUCUCUAUAAUUUUAAUACACUGCAAUAUUUAUUAAGAAUUUGGAUUUCAUUUGGUAUCUUAGUUUUUCAUUCUUUCUUGAAUAAAUACUUUGAAUAUUUUUAAGCUAUGAUAAUAUUGGUACACUCCUUUUCACUUAGGAAAAAGCCUGUGUUCUAGUACUUUGCUUUAACAGAGUGAAGUCAUUAGAGCAAGCACUGUUUUUUUCUGUUGACAUUUGUUGGCAGUGUGCUGAGUAGUGUGUUUUAAAGUACAGGCUUGAGCACCGUGGUUUACAUCCUGUUGGAAGCAGGCCAACUAGGACUUGCAUAUUGCUCCCUGGAGCCUUCUCCUAUGUACAAUCUUGCCAUCUGUGCUGAUGAGUAAGUUGUACUGAGAAGUUUAAAAAGCUCACUGAAAAUUAAAGAAAACAACAAUAUAGCUAUUUCACGCUUAGCUGCAAAGCAGCAAUACCUUUUCAGUUCAUGUUGAGAAAGUGAGGGUAUGACUUUCCUUUUGUAUUGAAGCAGGUCUAAAAGGUUCACUGUGAGAACGUGCCGAGUGGUUUCCUGCUCUCACCUAUAGCACAUUUAAUACCCAUGGCAGCCACACACUGGUGGUGGGUACCCAGUGCAGCAGGUACACAGUGAGGUAUUUUGGUUUUUUUUUUUCUAAUGAUGCAUCUGUCUUAUGUAUACAUAUAUGUGUGUAUGUGUGUAUAAAUAUGUGUAUAUGAGAGGAAAAGCCUUAAAUCAAGAGAAAAUGAAAUUCAUUGUAAAAGCUAUUAUAUUUUUCUGACUUAUAAAUAAAAAUAUAGUAAUAACAAUCCUGGUAACACUCUAGUAAAUUGACUCCAUUAUUGGAAAUAUGGAAUAUUUUUCUUUUCUUGUAUGUGUAUCACUUGUUAUUUGAUGUUUUUCAUAUUCAUCUGACUACAUUGUAAUGUAUGAUCUGAUAUUUGAUGGUCAAAAUGGAAACCUCAAAUUAUAAUUACAAGUAGAAUUUUUAGAAAGUGUUUUUAGCAUUCUAAUAAAUGUUUAGUUGUUACACACUUUAAAACAAUAUAUUAACUUUUAUCAAACAAAAACAUAGCCCUGCACUUAGUAAAUUUGAAUGCAGACUAUGGUUCGUAAAUCCUAUUACUUUGGUUUUUCAGUUAUAAACAAGAUACAUUUAUAAAAAGUUUUGAAAAACAAGGCUGUUCUUGUAAGUAACUCCUGGAUGGUUAGAACCAGCAUGGAAUUAUAGUACCACCUUGUGGCUUGUAUGUAUUUAACCUUUAAAACUAGCGAUUCCCCAUAAAAGAGGAAAUACCUUGUUUGAAAAAGUUCAGUCCUAAUUUUAAGAAGAAACAUUUUUAAGGCUUUUGUGGAAGAUUGAUGAAAGGCGUCCUUCUCUUUGACUCUAUCUUCAUUAUUUCCCUCCUUCCUUUUUGUUUAAAUAUAUACAAAAUUAGAUAAUUUGAAACAUUUCUAAUCUAAUUUACAUAUAAUAUGUGAAAUACAUGUGUCUACUGAAAAAAUUUAGUUUAUGCUACAAGCAUAAAUUUGGAAUCCAAAUUAUCCUUUUAACUGAAAAUUUAAGCAAAAACUGAUAAUGGACAAAAGUUAUCUAUUAUUUGACAACAUAAUCCUAGAAUAAUAACAAGCACAAUUUUUUUAACUUCAUCGGAGUAAUUAAAAGGAUUGCCAAAUUAUUAUUUUCUUUUGAGAUAGCAGAAGUUUUUUCUCACAAUUACUUUGGCAAGUAGUCUGUAAUAAGAAACCAGCCCCAUUUGAACGACAUGGAGGUCUUGAGAAGUUGUAGCUACACAAGUAACCCUUACUCCACUGGGAUUUUCACUAAUUCCAUCCCAGAAUUCUUAUUUAAACUAGAUUUAAAAAAAAAAAUCACCAUUCUACCAACAAAGGCAUCAGUAACCUGUGCUGCCCUAUCUGAACUUAAACUCUUGAAUAGUUCUGCAAUUGAUUAAGAGAAAACAAAGGGCCGAGAAGCGAUUUUGAGUAGAUGUAGAUAAUGCUGAGGGAUACUGUAAGGAAGUAGAAACUAGGACUUAAAAAAAAAGUCCUAUCUACUAUUUAUGAAAAGUCUAGGCAAAGCCAAGGACAAAUACACUGGGAAAAAGAGUUCUGUCAUGUUUGUCUUACUCAUCAUUUUAAUGUGAUGUUUUAACAUGUAAUUUAAUCCUUACAAAAUAAAGCUUUAAAGACUUUG